AUGACUUCCGAAAUCAGGAAAAAACGACAGUACGACACGUCGAGUAACGACACGAAAAAAGUCAUCCAUCUAUUGUUUUGCUCUUUGUUAAUUUUACUCAGUGUGAUCUGUUACCUUCCAGGUCCUCCCGUCCCGUUCCCCAGCGUGCGUGUCAGCGGGAGGUCAUCGAAGGUCACGUCGUCCUCCAUCUUGUUUCGCUUCAACUGCUCCUGGUUCAGCGACGCCAACGGAGCCGUCCGAUACUUCGCUGUGGUCGUGGCCGAGUCUGAUGCCAACGAGCUCCUGCAGCCGGAGCAGCGCCACCCUCUGCCCUCCUACCGCGACUACAUCAGCAACUCAUCCGUCAGAGCCUAUCAGACCGCCUACUUCCCCAGCCGCUGUCCGCAGGAUACAGAGACCUCUGUUGGACAGGUGGUGGAGAUAAACCUGGGGGCAGGAGGGGACCGACUGGGUGGGGCCUGUGACCAUUACCACGACGACGACCUCUAUCUGAGUGACAGCUACGGCGGCUUCUGUGACGGACCGCUGAAAGCAAAAACAUCCUACAGGCUGAGUGUUCGAGCCUUCACGAAACUGUUUGAUGAAAACCACAGCGAGUUUCCUGAGCCGCUCUUCACAGACACUUUCCUGUCGACGCCGCUCAGGACUCAAGCAGAACCUCUAGGUGGCGUCGUGGAGGGUUUGAGUGCUGGGAUGUUUCUGAUCGGGAUGAUGGUGGCCGUCGUCUCUCUGCUGGUUUACAGACAGCGGCUGCGCAAAGUGGCUGUGCAGGAGAGCCCGGUGGUGAGGAUGAGUAUGUGGAAGGAGGUUCCAGCUGCUGGCAUGUAUAUGGGAGUCAGGAGUAAUCGUCGAGUCACCAGUCUCGUCAAAGCCUGUCACUUCGAGUCCCAUCUGACCAAACUUCAGGCCGACUCCAACUACCUGCUGUCUGAGGAGUUUGAGGAUCUGAAGGAUGUGGGUCGGAAUCAAACCAUGGACGUCGCCCGGCUGCCAGAGAACAGAGGAAAGAACAGAUACAACAACAUCCUGCCAUAUGAUUCUACCAGAGUAAAGUUGUCCUACCUGGAGGACGACCCCUGCUCCGACUACAUCAACGCCAGCUACAUCCCUGGUAAUAACUACCGCAGGGAGUACAUCGCCACUCAGGGUCCGCUGCCCGGCACCAAAGAUGAUUUCUGGCGGAUGCUCUGGGAGCAUGGCGUCUACAAUGUUGUCAUGGUGACGCAGUGUGUGGAGAAAGGACGAGUGAAGUGUGAUCAGUACUGGCCGGCGGACAGAGAACCUCUGUACUACGGUGACCUGGUCAUCCAGAUGCUGUCGGAGUCCGUCCUGCCGGAGUGGACCAUCAGAGAGUUCAAGAUCACCUCGGAGAGCAGUUACCCUCGGGUGCUGCGUCACUUCCACUACACCGUGUGGCCCGACCACGGAGUCCCGGAGAGCACCCAGUCCCUGAUCCAGUUCGUCAGGACGGUCCGAGACUACGUGGACCGAUCCCCCAGCACCGGAGCCACGGUCGUGCACUGCAGUGCUGGUGUUGGACGCACCGGGACCUUCAUCGCACUGGACCGGGUUCUGCAGCAGCUGGACUCUAAAGGAACCAUCGACCUGUACGGCUGCGUGUUCGACCUCCGCCUGCACCGUCAGCACAUGGUCCAGACCGAGUGCCAGUAUGCCUUCCUGCACCAGUGUGUGCGGGACGUCCUGAGAGCCAGGAAGCAUCGCAGUGAACAGGAGAAUCCUCUCUACCCCAUCUACGAGAACUUCAACCCCGAGUACUGCCGCGAUUUCAUGUACACCGGGCGUUAAAGUGUGGACGUCGUCCGUCUGUCGGAGAGAAGAAACGUUUCUGUUCAUCCUGAAGAAGUUGAAACCAUCUGAGCGAGAAGAGAGCGUGAGCUACACAUCGGACCAAACCACCAUCUGAGCAAUAAAACCAUUUAUGAUGUGAAGUCGUUUUAAAUUCACCUCAAACUGCUGAUUUCAGAUUUAAACACAAUUCAACACGUUUUCUAAGAUUUCAGGGAAGUUGGAUUAUAUCCGCUUCACUCCCGUUUUUAAUUUCUCCAAAGUCACAUUUAGAAAAUGGUUGGAGGUGUGUCUAAACAUUAAAGCUGCUCCACCAUAUUUGUUCCACGUGGAUCUUUGCCAGCGUGAAAAAUAAAAACCCCAGAACGUAAAUGAACCCAUGUCUUUUAUGAGUUUGGAACCGGCUGUCAGAACCAAGUCUUUUGGUUGUUCUCAGGUCUUUGGGUUUUAACAAGAUUAUUAAAAACAUGUGUUUUUCCAAUCUGACGUCAGAUCACCAGCUAAUAUUAAUAUUGACUGAUCACAGGGAAGGAAAGAGCAUCCUCACAUUAUUACUGUAUGUUCUCACAUACUGAGACUUAUAAGCUGUUUAUUUAAAAGGUCACACAUAUUGCUGUAUGUAAAUAUUGGUGUAAUACUUGUUUUUAUACAAUAAUGAAUAUAUACCAUGUUAUUUUAACUGUGGGCGAUGGUUCAGAAGUUGUAAGUGAAUAUAAACUGUCCCUGUUUUCAAACUUCAGUGAAAUUACUGCUUUUUUAAAUUCUAAAACAUAAAACUUGUUUUAAACGUUAUCAUGAAAGUGGAAGUUUGAAUAUAACGCAGAACUUUUAUGUGGUUUUUACUUAUUGACUGUGGUUAAGUUACUUUUUGGAUAUUGGCUUUGUAAAUUGUUUUUAAUCUUCAAACUUGUGCACAUUAAAAACAGGGACAUGCACACACAUGCAGAGAAGCUCAUAACUUUUCAUAUUAAACACUGUAUUUAUUAAAAUAUAUAAAAUGUAUAAUCGGAUUGUUUUUCUUUUAUUUCAAAAGUAUUAGAAGUUCACAUUUAAAGUAUUUGGUAUGUUCUCAUUUCUUUGUCUUUUACUUUCCAUGUUUGAUUUGUUUUUCAAAAGCACAAUUGGUUGGUUUUGUUGGAUUUUUGAAAAGAAAAUGGGGAUUUGCAAUAAUUAAAAACAUUGUGAUACAACACAAAAAACUGUUUCUAUAACUGGAAAGUUAAGAGAAUGUAAUCAGCACUUUUUAUAAAGUUCUGUCUCUCGGCCGUCGGAUCAAUAUCACACUGAUUAUAAUUAAUUCAUUG